GCCAGGCUCUCGAAAUCUUCGUGCAGAUGGUGUCUCAUUUCAAAAUGAGUACGAUGAACAGCUGCACACCAAUGAGUUGACAAUAGAUGUCUACGAAUUAAUUUACCCAGCAACAAAUUCCCCACAAGAUGACCCACAAGAAGAUGACCCACAAGAUGAUGACCCACUAGAAGACGACCCACAAGAAGACGACCCACUUGAAGACAACCCACUAGAAGACGACCCACUUGAAGACAACCCACAAGAAGACGACCCACAAGGAAACGACCCACAAGUUGACCCACAAGUUGACCCACAAGAUAACUCACAGGAUAACCCACAAGAUGACUCACAAAAUAUCGUGCAAAAUCUAAACACAUUCUUUACUAACUCACGAGAUAUAAUGCACG